AUGUCUUACAAAGUUGGUGGAGGCAAAAGUGGCCUUCAGCUAACUCGAGUGGGAUUACCGUUCUUCGCUAUCGUUCUCGGAUCAGCCUACUUUUUGAAACAUUUUCAACAAGUGCGGUACGAUUUUAGAAAGGUGAAAAAAGAACAGGAAAACCUAAAGGAAUUUGUAAGUUGUUGCUGAUUUUGGGUUCUUAUAAUGUAAUUUUUGUCGUUGUAAUUGUUGAUCUCGUUUUAAGUUGGAUAAAUUACUUUUUUAUAUCAAACUUCUUUCAGAAAGCUAAACUCUCAGAAGAAGGUAUCAGAGUCAAAGAGAAGCCUGUUUCGCUGGAAGAAGUGUACGACGUAAGUAUUUUAACUAUUUGUUUUGAUUUUAGGUAUUAAAACUUAGAACAUAUUUUUAAUAGAUUUUUAACAGAUCUUUGGUCUAUUCUUAAUAAGUCUUCUCUUAUAGGAAAUCACAAAGCUUGACACCGAAAACUGGAGUAACAUUAGAGGUCCUCGUGCUGAAGAAGACAGCCGUGAGUACUUACAAGCUCGAUCUAAACAACAAACCGAAGCGAACGAACGACGUGAGAAGAGACGAGGCGAGAUAACGAAGUUGAUGGACGAAGCUCAAAAGUUAUGAAUGAUUUCCAUCCUGAAAAGUAGGUUUUUACUUUAUAAAUUUAUUUAUUCUUUUCAUCAAGUAGUUUUGCGUUUAUUUUUAAUCUUUUGUUUAGUCCAGAAAACGAGAAUCCUCCGGAGCCCCGGCCGAACCGUGACGUUCUUCCGGACCCAAUUGUAGAGCCAAACGAUAUUCCUGUGGAGCCUGGAGCCAGUCUUUCAGAUCCUCAAGAACCUUUGCCGCCAACUGCAUCGUCUGCUCCAGAAGUACCAGGUGCACCAUCAGAAGUACCAGCUAAUUUACCUUCAGUGCCAUCUGUUCCAAGUGCAGCAUCAUCUUCAGUACCAGCUGCACCAGUUCCGUCUUCAGCCUCAGUUCAGCUAUCUCAACAACCGUCCAGCUCAACUUCUCAUCCCAACGAUCCAUCACUUCAGGAGCUUGAAGUAGAUUCAGAAAAGUUGGCUCAACUCCUUGAACUCGGCUUCGACGAGUUGAUAUCUGAAUUGGCACUAAAGAGAACCAAAGGAAAGUGUUUGGACGCAACUAUUGACUGGAUCGUUGAUCAUUCGAAUCAGUCGGAUUUAGAGGACGAUUCUGAAGACUCGGGUGAAGAAUCUGGAGACGAAGGAAUCAGUGGAGUCGUAGAGAAAUCAGUUGCAGUUCCACGUGUUAGUGCUGAGGAAUUACAGGCAGCUAUGGGAGGUAAGGUUUUGAAUGUGUUAUGGGAUGUUAAGAAGGGCAAAGUUUUAAGAAUGGUGAGACAAUUGUGAUAAAAAUUAUUUUUUAGUAAGUGCAAUAUGUGAGUAUUAAAAACUUGUAAUUUUUUUAUUGACGCUUUAAGCAAAAAAUUUAUUUAUAGUUUGAAGGUUGAUGUUAUACUUUGAAAGACUAAUUUUGUAUUUCUUUACAGGAGUACUGUCAGGUCAAGCAGAAGCUGCCGGCACAUCGGCCAUGGCACGCCAGGAGCUGGUUAGUAUCAUGAAGGCUCUUCGUCCAGCUCGUACCCACAAAAUGGUAUUCGUCGCAAACAUGUCACUUAAAAUGGGCGCUGGUAAACUGGCAGCACAGGUUGGCCACGCUACAUUGGGAGUGUACAAAUAUGCUCAAAGGAGCGAAGAGGUCAGUUUAUAACUUAAAUAUUUUAAAAUAAGGUUCAAAGUUCUAUCCUCUAUAUAGGUUCAAAUUUAGUUGACCUUGGGCUUGCAAUAGCAAUGUAAAAACCGCGAAAACAAAUGAUUUUUAAAAGUUGUUGCAAAAUGAUAACAAUUUUGUUUUAGGGCAAGGCCGCUCUCGACGCAUGGCAAGGUCACGGAGCAGUGAAGGUGGUCGUGAAGGGACAAUCGACCGAGCAGUUGAUUGAUAUGUUCAAGCAAGCCAAAGACCUCGGACUACACGCCUACCUGGUUCAAGAUGCUGGCUACACUCAGAUUCCCCCUGGCUCUAGAACUAUCCUUGGGCUGUUCGGACCGGUCGAAGACGUUGACAAAGUUUCGGGUACCUUAAAACUUCUCUAA